CGACUCAGACCAGCAUGCUCGCUCGCGCUACCCUCCGUACCGCCACCACGGCCCGCGCCUCGGCCGCACCCCGCCUCACCCGCAACGUCCAGCAGGGCGCCGCCGGCCGCGAGCCCAUCAACCAGGAGCGCGGCAACUCCAAGACGCCCUUCUACAUCGCCGGCGCCCUCGUCGUCCUCGUCGGCGGCUACUUCACCGGUUUCUUCAAGACGCCGCCUACGCCCGCCGUCAAGAACAUGCAGGAGGCAAUGCACCCCAAGACGCCCGAGGCAAAGGCCGCUGCCGGCAUCCGCGAGGACCCGCAUGACGAGCCGGUCAAGGUCGGCGGCGACCUCAAGGGCCGCAAGUAGAGCGCUCCCCUCCCGGAUCCCCCCUCUCCUGUUUUGUACAUGAUUCCCCCUCCCUCGUCGUCACAGCCCUGCCGCAGCAUGGUGUCCAUCGGCGCAGUACCGCAAUCACAGCUUCGUUCGCAGUGCUA